AUGCCAAAGAGAGGAAAGCAAACGGUCCAACGCAGACGUCGUAGACAAGAUCGUGCCAUUUCACGCUCCUACUCUACGGAUUCUGAUGGUUUGGGGGAAGAAAUCAAAGAAGUGUUUGAACAGAUGGAUUUUAUUUACGGAGAGCUGGAAGGUAAUGUUCUUUACAUAUAGUAUUUAUGUUUUACUUUUAGUUGUGGUUAACGCGGACUCGUUCGUCUUCUCUAACGUAGAAUUGAGUGAAAUGGAUGGAAGUUUGGAUUACGUCUAUGAGCAAAUUGGCAGUACGUUUGUUUUGAGAUUUUUGCAAAAUUUCUUAUAGGUUUAGGCUACUUUUUUGAUAUGAUAUGCAUCUCGUUUGUUGUGGUAGACCAAAGCUGAUGUUUCUUUGAGUUUUGUUGGCAAAUCAUUGUGUUUUUGAUGAAUUAAGGCUAUUUUAACAUAAAAAUGGCUUUAAAGAUUAAUUUUUAUUGUUUUUGACUUCAAUUUCUCGCAUAUUUUAGAAUGGCUAGUCGGAUAUUGUGGAUGCUUAGUACAACGAGAACAAACUGGCCAUUUGGACAUUGAUGCCGUGGAGAAUUGGCUGGACAGGCUCUUGGGGAUUUGUUAUCAAUUAGAAUGUAAGUUUAGAUAUUAAAAUUUCGUUUAAAAAUUGGUUUAAAAAUAUGAAACUUCAGAAUUUAGGUAACAAAAUUCUAAGUUUUGAUUUUAUGAUUUAAAACAUAAAAAUUGAGUUUAAAAAUAAGGCGUUUGAUUAGAAAAUAUAAAAAUGACUUAUUUUAUGUUAAACUCUUUUCAGCCUGGGUCAAACUUGUUGACCACGUCCUAGAGCACCCUGAAAGCCUGUAUGGUAGCGCAGAACUCCCUUCACAGCACGAAAGAGAUGCCCAAGAGUUGCGAAGGCGUAGAUCUCGAGUAAAUGAAGUUCAAGUUUACCUGAACAAGCUCAAGGAACGACAUGCAGCUCAUUUGGUGACGAAUGAUCACAGAUCUUUGAAUGAACUUGAUGCAGAAGAUGUGCUGGACCGUGUAGCUUAUCGUUACAAUAGAUUUAUGGCUGUAGGUUAAUUAUAGGGUUGGGUCAUGUUUGGGAAUGGCAUUUUUUAAAUUUUGGGCUUAAAUUAUUUGGUUUAAUUAGAUUUAUCCAAACUUAUUGAUUAUUAAUUAUUGUUAGCUUGUUGAAAUAAUUCUGAGCCACACUCAAAGCAAAUUUUAAGGGUUUUGGGGCUUAGCAUUUUUUGAAAAACCUAGUAAUAUUUAACUUGACUAUAUAUACAAUAUUUAUUGUAAGGAAAAUGAGGAAUAUUAAUGGCUUCGUUAACUAAAUUUCACUUUUUUCCAUUUCAGGCCGCUUUCCCAUCAGCAACGGCCGACGAACUGAUGCAAAAAGUAAUGGGAAAGUCUGUCGAGGACGUUACCCAACUACUGAAGAACCUACCCUUCGAUGGCUGUGUACCGGUGCAGAACAUUACCCCUACAGCCGAAGUCAAUGGAGUAUUACCUUCGUAG